CAGUCUUCCUUCCGGUUUUCUAGUAGAUUUAUGUACAGAAGCUCGUGUCUGGUCUGUCUCGUCUGUACACCAAAAACUUAACCAUGCCUUUUAUCGACGUGGAAUCAAAUUUGCCAGCAAGCAAAUUUACCGAAGAUUUUCUGAAGAAAUUAUGCACUGCCACUGCCACGGCGCUUGGAAAACCGGAAGAGAGAAUGAAUCUGGUGGUUAAGCCUGGGCUUCCGAUGCUUAUCGCUGGAUCCUGUUCACCGUGCGUGAUGGUUUCAGUGUCCGCCAUCGGCGUCACCGACACGGCGGAGAAGAACAAGGAGCACAGCGCGAAGAUCUUCCAGUUUCUCACUGGGGAACUCGGCCUGAGCGAAGACCGCAUCGUUCUCAGAUUUUACGCUCUGGAGCCGUUGCAGGUGGGGAAGAAAGGCACGGUGAUGAGCUACCUGUGAGGUGCAAGUCACAUGGCUUGAAGAUGUCAUUCCUGGUUUUUGGACAGCAUCCACGCCAUUUUACAUGGCCUUAGAUUUCAAACAGAAGUUUUAUUAUCAUGAAAACAAAACUGUGAAGGAUUAUUUUAGGCCUGUAAUUUUUGGACAGAAUAGAGACUAAUUAGCCAUAUACGCAGUAUUAGUGAACAUCUUGUAUGAAGCGACUAAGGGAACCUGGUAGGAAUGAGAACCACAAACAUUUCCAAUGCAUUUUCAAUCAGUAUUGUGGAUAGGAUAUGCAUAUUAUUAUAGCCUAUAUUUUGUCUAAGAAUAAAAUUGCUGGUUAAUGUUUUAUUUCAAUGUAAAAUAAACUGUAUGUUUAUUGAUACGAAUGAUCAUCCUCAGCACUUACUCUUAAUACCCCUGUUAUACACAAGCGUUUAUCAGAAUGGCAAUGACCAAGUGAUAUUACUAAACAUUCUGUGUGAUGUAGGAUUGUAGUACUUUGGUAGUACUCUAUUCAAUGACAGGUACAGCCAGAAAUGUUCUAUUGGAACUAAGAAAAUCUUUGGUACAGCGUUCCACAAGUGGUAUGAUGCACCUUAUCAGCUACACAAUAAAGCACAUUGUUUAAUUGA